AUGGCAACCCCCGAGACCCAGACAGAGAAUACAGAAACAGCAAUGGAUUCACGGGCGUUCUCGGCGUUCAGCACGAACGAGAAGCUUUUCAUGACGAUCAUGGUAACUCUGGCAUCGUUUUUCUCGCCUCUCUUCGGGCAAAUCGAGAAUGCCCGCCUCCAAACAGUCUUCCCAGAGAUGGCUGUUGGAAUCGCAGCCUUCAUUCCAUAA